GCGAGGGAGCGUUGGGCUGCCACAUCCUGCAUCCUCCUGCCAUCAGCGCGGCGUGUCCUGCUAUGGGGCCGGGGCUGCUGCUCCCGCUGCUCUUGCUGCUCUGCGGAGGCGGCGCCCCCGUGGGGGGCUGCAAUGAGACGCGCAUGCUGGAGCUGCUGCCGCAGUGCCAGGCCGCCUUCUCCGCCAGCAUGCACUCGGUGGCCGUGUGGAAGUGGUGUGACCUGGCCGAGUUCAUCGUGUACUACGAGAGCUUCACCAACUGCACUGAGGUGGAGUCCAACGCCGUGGGCUGCUACUGGCCCAAUCCCCUGGUCCAGACCUUUCUCACCAGCGUGCACCGGCAAUUUUUCUCCAACUGCUCCGUGGACAGGGAGCACUGGGAGGACCCCCCUGACGAGGUGCUGGUCCCCCUCAUCGCCCUGCCCAUUCUGCUGACUGUGGCCAUGGCCGCGCUGGUGGUGUGGCGCAGCAAACACACAGACCAACCACUGUGAGCCCGGCCCAGGCCCUGCCAGAACUGCGAGGGACUCGGGUGGGCCAGCCGUGGGCACACGUGUGGCCCCCACUCACGCUCUUCCCGCUUUCUGGUGUCUGUGGCUAAGACCCUGUGAGGAGGGAGUCGGUGUCAGUGUGCCCCCGCUGCCGAGAGACUG